AUGGUGUCCCGCAAGGCCGUGGCUGCCCUGCUGCUGGUGCACGCGGCCGCCAUGCUGGCCUCCCAGACGGAAGCCUUCGUCCCCAUCUUCACCUACAGCGAACUCCAGAGGAUGCAGGAAAGGGAGCGGAGCAGAGGGCACAAGAAGUCCCUGAGCGUGCAGCAGAGGUCUGAGCCGGCGGCCGCGCCAAGGCCUGCGGAGUCCACCCUGGAAGAGGAAAACGGGAGGACCCAGCUGACUGCUCCUGUGGAAAUUGGAAUGAGGAUGAACUCCAGGCAGCUGGAAAAGUACCGGGCCGCCCUGGAAGCUGCAGAGUGGGCUGUCCACCCAGACGCCUCUGCCUCUCCCCAGCAGCUCCAAGUCAGCCCUGCCGGGGGUGAAAGUGGAUGGAGCGGGGAGCCCUCUCCCACCUGA